CCUGAGGAACGGGGUCGGCGCAGAAAUCCCCAAAUCCAGACCAUCCCAAGGAGAAACCUUGGGAGAAGCAUCUCAGAAGUGACAAACACGAAAAACAUCACUCACCUGACAGGAAGAACCACAUGUCGCCCAACGUGGAUCUGUGCGAGAAGAAGGUGCAAAGCGGCCCUCAGGAUGGAGACAAGAAAAAAGAAUCCGCGGCGUGUGCCUCCGCGGGGAGAGUGGCGGCCGGCACGAUCAACGCAGAGGAGGCUACCAAGUUACUGGCAGAGCGAAGGCGUCAGGCUCGAGCUCAGAAAGAACUGGAAGACAGAAAGCGGGAGCUGGAGGAAGACGAGCGACACAGGGAAGAGCAGCGGCAGAAGAAACUCGCACAGGAGCGGCAACAGCAGGAGGCCGAAGCUCUGAAACUGAAGGAAAGGGGGAAACGCGAGGAAGAUCUCAACAGGGUGAAACAAGAAGAGGACAACCGGAAGAAGGAGGACCAGGAGAAGCAGCUCCAGAGCCAGAUGGACAAAGAGAAGGAAACGGCCCAGGUCCAAGCUCAGGGGGACGCCGAGCGCCAGCGACAAGGAAGAGACCUGCAGGCGCAACAGGAAGAGGAGGAGAGGCAGCUAAGGAAAAAGAGAAUUGAGGAGAUCAUGAAGAGAACUAGGAAGGGUGAAGCUGACUUGAAGAAGGAGGAGCAGGCGGAGACGAAGCCUGUCUCACCACCAGGUGAAGUAAAGACUGUUCAAAGUAAUGCUCAGGUGAAUGAGCAAACAAUCAAAAGGGUUGAGUUUCAGGAGAACAGGAAACAAGGAAGUUCCCCGCUGAAGAACGAGUCAGCGGCACAGGUGGACAAUCACAAGAGCUUCCAAGUUAAAAACAGCACUCGCCCGGCGACGCCGACGCGCAGCGCUCCCGACAGGAGGCCGGACUCCAGACAAACCGGUGAGGAGCUGAACGGGGAGGCCAAAGCCAGAGCCUGCCUCCUCCAGCAACAGGAGAGAGCGAUGGAAAUGAACGUAAACACGCAGCACAGAGCACACGAUAGAGCGGCCGACCAAACAAACAAAAAGCCGACCGCGGGCGAAAAAGUCCACCAAAGGGAGGGCGGCGUGAUGAAUGGGGCGGUGGAGGGUGAAGGAAGUGCCUUGAAGAGAAGCCAUCCGACUGCUGAGGUAAGCAAACAGCAAAGCCUGCAUGUGUCCACGGUUGCUAAAGGAGGGUCCGACUCGGAGGUCAAUAGACCCCCCGUGGGGCCGCUGCCGCUGGGACACCUGUCACCGCCGGUCAUCAAGCUGGAGCCCCUGAAUGUGAGGAGUAUGGAGUCAUGUGAUGAGGUGCAGUCCAUGGAGGUCAGCCCGGCUUCAAAGGAGGAGCUGGUUUCAAUCCAAGAGUUCUCUCCCGUCAACGAAAUCCAGAACAGCAGCGUGAGCAACGCCCGGGCCCUCGAAGACCUGAUCGACCUGACGGGCCGCGUCUCCUACCCCAAAAUGUCCUCCGAUGGCCACGUUGGCGACUGCAACAAGAACCUCAUUGAGGGUGUUGUUAGUCCCAUGGCGGACUCGAAGCUCGUCGGGAGGUCGUCUCUGUCCUCGAAUAAACUUAGUAUCCAGUAGUGCGUGAAUAAUGUCUCUCUCUCUCUCUCGCUUGUUUUACCUCUUUUUCCUUCUCUCUCUGUCACACAAGUACACUCACGGGACGUCACCCUUUGGGCGCGUGUCACUGCAUUAGUGGGAAUAGAGCCAUAGAGAUUAACUUAAAAUGAACUAUAAACAACGUCUUACAAUAUAAAGAAACCACAUAUUCUAUAUUUGAAUCUCUCAACUACUGACAACUUGAAAGUACGUGUGAAGGAUUUUGUUUAAUCAAAACAACUGCGUUUGCUGGAUGAGCGCAACCAUAACCCAGAAAAGACUAAGAGAGUUUUGAAUAUUAUAGACAUUUAGAAAACACAGCGUUGCUAACGUAUUGUACGAAACUCUUAUGUCCUGUGCACAGAUUCCUCCCUGGGUCCCAGUUCAGUCUCAGGACAGGAGGGACAAAGCUCAGAGUGUUGAUGGCAGUGUCAUCAUCUCUGUCUUUCCACAGGCCCCACUAGUGUCGGCAGCAAAGGAAUGACUAUUUGAUUGCUCCUGAUUCCUCAAUUUGAAUACUUUAAAAGUGUUUCUCCGAGGUUAUGUGGUCUGUGUUCAUCGAUGAUUGAUUCGGCUCGACUCCUUUUCUCUUGCUGACCCAGCGAGGUCUGACUGAGGGAUUGUUAAGAGAUGAUUAAUCCGUCUUUAAAAUCUUUAAACUGGGACUUUUCUAACUGCAUGAGGGAGGAGGAGAAGUUUCAAAGCUGUCGACUUGAGUGUUUGAACAUUGAGAAAAUUAGUCAUGGACACAAAUGAUGGCACAUAAAUAUAGCACACGUUUGCUGUAGACCAGAGUGAAUACUCACAUUCUAUUGUGAGUGUACUUUAAUUGCAUUCAUAAAAGCUUGUUUAACUUCAGUGACUUCCAUACAAAUAGAGCCAUCUGAGCAGCAUCAUGUCAUUUAAAAUGUUUUCUGUAGGCGUGCCUUGCUAUUUUGAGGCUUUCCAAGGUACAGCGCAAAUGGGUGCAUUAAUCUAUUAGACAUACAGUAGAGAGUCUCCAGAGCACUGUGGCAGCAAUGUUUGCCUAACAAUCAACUUGUUGUUCUCCCUCCAUCAUCUGUGUGCUCCUGUGUAGGAAUUAUCCAGCAGGCUCCUCUAACUGGAGAGAUUCAUAAAGUGACUGAUCAGUAUUUAUUUUCUGUGUCUAAUUACAGUAGAAAUGCUUUACGAGGGACCGAUAGGUAUACUGUUUCUUUAGUUCAAACCAUCUUCUGAAUCUUUUUUGUUUAAGCUAACGGGAUUGUUGUGUGUGACCUGUAAUACUUGAACCCUGGUUUGACAUGUUGCACCUGUUCCAUGCUGCAUAAGAAAUUAUACCAAUAGCGUAUAUGAUUAUGUCAUUAUUAAUGGCAUUACAAUGUGUGUUGUUCAGACUGUACAUCAUCUGGAAAAACACAAGCUUUAAAGUAAGUGGCGUUUUAUGUAUGUCGCCUACAGCGUAUGAAAGUGGGGAUUGGCUAACGUUGAGCUAACGUAUGCAUUUUUUAAAAAGGGGUAUAAAGUAAAAAUAAAUGACACAGUAUAUACAACCACUUUAAGUUUGCUCAUAACCUUCACAGUUAGCUUAAUUCUUUAAAUUAUGUAACUACUGUAGACUUUGUGCAUGGUUAGCAUGGUCAUAACAAUGUUAUCCCAAACAAUAAAAUGUGAAAUUGGAAAGUCA